ACCCCUCAAACCAUUUCGUACUUUCCGGCAGUACGUGCCUAGCCGGAUCCCACCGUGCCGGUUGACGAUCAGAGGAUCAAGUGGAUGACAUAUCGGAUCGGGUCGGGUCAAUCGUUUUGAUGAUUCACUAACGGGGAGGAGAGGAGGAGCGAGAGCUCGCGUCUCCAUCGAGGCGAGAGAGGAACCGCGGGCAUCCGUGCGAACGCAUUCCGAUUAAAGUUAUCUGUCCCGGCCGCUUAUUCGCGUGCGACGACACAAUUUAUCUUAAUUAUUUUCUGUACAUCAUUUUUUGAACGAGACCGUCGAAUUAACUCGCGAGCUGAGCAGCGAUCCAAGCUCGGUUCCGGUUCCGGUCUCGCGAGAGCAGUCAGGAGUGCGUAUGACAUUCCGUGCGUGCGCAGGAAUGAGAAACUGAAAACUGUGCCGACUCGAUAUGUACAUCGAUAAUUAGUGUAACGUAAAAUUUCUGAAACUCUGAGAUAGCUAUGUGAAGAUAAGAACGGUGGAAGUGCAAACAGUAAAGCAAAAGUUCGCUUUCCGCGAACACUAAAAUCGCGACAGGGAAAUUAAACGAAACGCCUCGAUGGUUCUUCGUGGCUUGUUGGCCCCUGCGGCAGCUCGUUGGAGGAGAAAUAAGACCGCGAGAAGAAGCCAGAGCGUCGCUCGGGAUUGCGUAAACGCGCCGGUCGGCCAAUUAGGACUGUCACGUUAUGGACCGCAGGUGAUGAGCGUGCUGUGUUUAUGCACCAACAACAUCCACCAGUCCACCCGUAACGUCACACAGACCGGCAAGAUACUCCCGAGUCCACCAUCAGACACCCUUUGCGAGCAGCGAGUAACGCCCUCGCAGGAAAUACCAACUGACGAGCUGGCUCUAUUAGCUAAGCUGGAGGAAGCCAAUAGGCUUAUCGAAUCCGAUGCAAAGUCGCUGAAUUCUCUUCAGAGCAAUCACAGCAGGAAAGGCUCCGAUACAUCGCAGGUGUCUGUGGCGUCGGGAGGCAGCGCAGGAAAUGGCGAUGCUGCAUCUCGACGCCACAACCCGGCCGAUGGUGAAGAGAACACGUGGACUCUGUGGGGUCACAUAGUGGCCGAUUGGGACUACCAUUGGAAGAAGCGGAAGGAGUUCGUUAAGGAAUUGGUUCGUCAGGGCAUACCUCAUCAUUUCAGGGGAAUUGUUUGGCAAUUACUGAGCGGCGCCCAUGACUCUCCAGUUAAGAAGCAGUUCGCUGAGUACAUCAAAGCAACAUCAGCCUGCGAGAGGAUAAUUAGAAGAGACAUUGCCAGGACAUAUCCUGAACAUGACUUCUUUAAAGAGAAAGAUGGUCUCGGUCAGGAGAGUCUGUUCAACGUUAUGAAAGCGUAUAGCCUUCACGAUCGCGAAGUAGGAUACUGCCAAGGUUCAGGAUUUAUAGUAGGAUUACUUUUAAUGCAGCAAAUGCCGGAAGAAGAAGCUUUCGCUGUCCUGGUGGCUCUCAUGCAAGAGUACCGUUUACGGGACAUGUUCAAGCCGAGUAUGGCUGAGUUAGGGGUGUGCAUGUAUCAGCUGGAGCAUUUAAUUGCUGACACGCAUCCCGAGCUCCACGCUCACUUCACGGCCCAAGGUUUCAAUUCGUCGAUGUACGCAUCCUCUUGGUUCCUCACACUGUUCACCACAGCGCUAAGUCUUCCCUUAGCGUGUCGCAUUUUUGACGUCUUUUUAUCGGAGGGCAUGGAGAUCAUCUUCAAAGUCGCGUUAGCGAUGUUGCAUCUCGGCAAAGAAGAUAUGCUCAGCUUAGACAUGGAGGGUAUGCUGAAGUUUGUCCAGAAGCAAUUGCCUGGUAAAGCCGAGAAAGAUCCUGAUAGCCUUAUGACGCUUGCUUACGGAAUGAAGAUCAAUCCGAAGAGAAUGAAGAAACUGGAGAAGGAUUAUACCAUCCUGAAGAUGAAGGAGCAGGAACAGAUGGUCGAGCUUCGCAGACUCAAGGCGGAGAACACGUUGCUCAGGCAAAGGACUGAGCUGUUGGAAGCGGAGUCCGCGGAAUUGGCUGAUAGAUUGGUCAGAGGUCAAGUGUCGCGAGCGGAAGAGGAGGAGACCGCCUUCAUAGCGCAGCGAGAGCUGACGGCGCUUCGACACGCGCAUCUCGAGACUAGCCAUCAGCUCGAACAGGCCCACGAAGAACUGAGCUCGCUGGCCAUACGUCUCGAGGAGAACGUGACGUCUAGGCAGUCGUCGCUGAACGAGAUACUAGUGAAGCAAGAAGCGUUAUCGCAGAAGGAGGAGAUGAUACAGUGCUUACAAGAGGAACUGGUUCGAGUCCGAUUACACGAGGCGGAGAACGACGCGCUGAUCAGGGAGCUCAGGGGAAGGAUACAAGAACUGGAGCAAGACAAAAAGACCCUGCGUGAAUCGACGCCGGACAAUUCCGUUGCUCAUCUACAAGAAGAACUUAUCGCUGUUAAACUUAGGGAAGCAGAAGCUAAUUUAUCUUUAAAGGACCUGCGGCAAAGGGUUAUGGAGCUAAGUGCAGCCUGGCAGAGGCAUUUGCAAGAGCAUCGAUCCGCUCAGUCAACGCCUGCUGCUGACUCGACACCAAAGAAGCUGCUCUUCUGGGAGAAUCGGGGUCACGAAGUACAGAAGUUCGAGGAGGACCUGAUGACGACCAGAAUCCGGGAGAUGGAAGCGCUGACUGAAGUCAAGGAGCUGCGACUCAAAGUCAUGGAGCUCGAAACCCAGGUGCAGGUGGCGACCAACCAGCUCCGCAGGCAAGACGAGGGCGGAAAAGUACUUAAGGAGGAACUGGAAGCUGCGCUAGCUCGGGAGAAGGAUCUGGCGGCCAAGCUGAGGGAACAACAGCACAAGUAUUCCGAUCUGGAGUCGAAAAUGAAAGACGAGGCUAUGAUGGCGAGAAUACGCGACGCCGAGCACGCGCAGCAGGUCGCGGAGCUCACGCAGAAAAUAUCUCUCCUUGAAUUGAAGAACGAGGAGAUGCAUGCGGAGGGCGAACUUAGGAAUAAUUUAGACGACAGUGAGAAAGUGAGGGAGCUCCAAGAUAAGGUUGCCGAGUUGAAGGCUGAGGUCAUGAGGCUAGAGAGUUGGAAACAACGGUGGACCGGUCUCGGCGGACAGACCGUGCGGAGUUUCAGCGUCGAUACUGAAAGCGAAUUGGACGAGCGGGAUCUCAGAAUUUGCUUACAGGAUCAUAUCAAUACGACCACGCCAAACUCACCCGAGGUAUAGAAUUCUAUGUAUACCAGACCAUUAGGCAGCUAACAAUACUCGGUUAUCGAUGCGUACGGACCUUUUGUUCGUCGGCUUUCGCUGUAGGAAGUAACGCGCACUUAGACCGUAACAGGAGAUUAGACAGUAAUAAUCUUGUUUAGUUUUACGUGUAUUACUACUAGGCCAAAUAUGAUAUAAACGAUAUUAGCCGUUAAUUAAUUACGCUACGUGACACAUUAGCCGUUAAAUAAUUAAUUAAUUACGCUACGUGACGAUAACGAACGAAACAAUGAAAUAAAGUAACGAUAGACACCCUCGAUAAUCGCCCGAGAUAAUCUGGAUCGUAAUCAGGAACCCGAAACAGCAAGAGGCUCGAAAUAAAAGUGAUUUUUUUAUGAGACCAUAAGUCACGAUUCGUGUGAUUCGAUAUCCAGAUUCCUAUUUCAAGCCACAUUUCUUUCGAGUAACAUUAUUUUUCGAGCAUACUAGCGUCACACCAAGGAAACAAUUUUAACGCUACGUUAUUUCACACAAUAGCAAAAUAUCGUUCAUUAUUGUAGUGACAUUAUCAUUACACUUUGUAGAUUAUAUUGCACAAAGAGUAUUAUAAAGUAUAUAUUAGUUAAUUAAUUAAUUAGUAUGUAGUUAACAGGAAUAUUGGAGAACACGAUCAUGUGAAGACAAUUGUGUAUUAUCUAGAUCAUCUCGUUGUUAUGAGGUCUAAAAUCUAUUUUUGAACGAGGUCUAGACUGCUAAUUUUUUACCGCAAGUUUUAGUCUGAGGAUGACGAGAUAUUUCACAGUUUAAAAAUACACUGCAUUUUUAUUGAUGGAGAAAAAGAUAUGGUCGAUCGAGUCGAUCGUUGUGUUGUUCACCGCCGCGUUCCGUACAGGAAGAAAACAAUUAGCGUAACCAUUAUUUUCAGUCUCUUUCUAUAAAUAUAGACUUCAUAUGUAAUAUUUAUUCAUCAAUAAGUAGAACCUAAUGCGUGAUGAAGGAAUAUUUCAUUACAUUCCCGGAAAACGAAAUCGUAUUAUUUCUUAUCUCGUUUCUAGAUUCGCUCCGUUUUCCGAUUUUUCCGAAGCUUGAUUACGAUCCGCAGAUUAUGCGCGAAGAUUAUCUCAAACUAAUUCCGUGGCACACGCAGAACUGUUUUUAUACGCAUGAUAUACUCUGUGUAUUUUUUGUAAUUCAUACCAAAUGUAAUCGCAUUUUAAGAAGUGUAUAUUAAACGCCGGAAAACGUGGUGACGGUAGUGGUAUAUAUAUAUACAAUAUAUAUAUAUCACCGUUUUUUAUAAAUAUAUGUAUUUAUAUGUGUGUCACGAGAGAAAUCAUCGCAGUAGAAAUCACAAUAUUCAUACCAUACAUAUACAUAAAUAGAUAGAUAGAUACUGCGUGCAUUAUCUUCUAAUUGAAAUUUGACUGUCAAAAAACUUUAAAGUAUAUUAUACCCUGUCGGAUAGUAGGAGAGUAUACCGGAUUCUUAUUAUUGUUCCACAUAUGUAUAUCAUUUGUAAUAUAUCCAAUGAAUUUUUUAAAAAAGUCUAUAAAAAAAGAAGAUUUUUUAUGAAUAAUAUGCAAUUUGCGCACAGUGUGCACAACGUGUGUAUUUUUAAAUUACUGAGAGAUCAGUUUUACGAGGGACGAGGGAAAGCCGAGUGUUAAAACCUGAGAACUGACGAGAGUUCCACACCAAGGGAAAACGGAAAUCCCUCCCACAAUCAGCUUCGAUAGCCAUCGUCGACUGUCGAAACUGAAAUCGAAUGAGGUAAUCGGUAGCUCUUGUAAAAAGAAAGAAAAUCAAGCACCCGCACGGCUCGUUUUUUUUCCCCUCACAAUGACUUCCUAGGAUAAUUAUUUCGAAUGCGAGCGCUCGGAUGUGAACGCGUUGCUACUUUCUUUCGCAGCGAGUCAUCUCAGCCUACUUGCAGCGCGUCUUUUCUCGCUUGGCCUAAAUCGUCCUGUUGCGUUUGUUGCGUUUAAUAAUCGGCGCGCCGAUUAACGCCGAUUUAAGCGGUCGCAUCACGCCGUACGUACAUAAAUCCGUGCUUAGUUAACGAAGUCAUCAGUCACUUUCGAUACGCGGGAAGCCCUCUCUUCGCUUUCACGCAUGCAUGUGUGCGAAUUGGCAUGCGAGCGCAUCGUAACGAAGUUUGCGCACCUCUGCGAAGGAUGUACGAUAACUUUGUAGUAUUUUUCGAUUGUACGCUUCAUCAUCGUACAUGCGUAUUUUGCGCAGCGAAAUGAAGAAACUUGCGAGAUCGAUUGUCGCGCGAGUAGGAGGAUCGAGAGCAAGCGCCGAAAUUGAUAUUAAUUAAUUAAGAAUCAACCGAAGAGGAACUCAGUAGAGAAUUCGCAGUUAACGUGGCUGUUCACGACGUGUCGAGCAAUUGUAUUUAUUGUAAGUAGCACGACGAAGAAUAAAUAUGCAAGAUCGAGCGGAGAGUCUGCAGUUGGUGCGAGCGUUUUGCGUUUCUACACGGAGGAGUAUUCUCCAUGGCGUUUUAAAACUGCUUUGCACUACGUUCAAUCGCGUCGUUGUUAGAGAGUCGAUCCGAUUUUCUUAGCAUCGUGCGAGUAAUGACGGUGAGCUAGUAGUACCGCGUUGUUAGUAUCGUUGCACGUAUCUGUAGUUUCUGCGUCAUUGAAUGCGCGCAUACGGAUUGUUGUCCUAGACCCGCCGUGUUUUAUCCUUCAAGUCCGAGAGUACGAAAAGUCAAUCUCUAAUUAAGCCUGCGACUGUGUCUCGAAUGAAUUGUUAAUCAAAUGAAUGUAUUAUAAAAAUCAGAAAUUGUAAGGCACGUUUGAGCGAAAUUAAAUUUCCAGAAUUUUAACGCUUUCUGAGUUACAACGUUAUUAUUAUUAUUAUUAUUAUUAUUAUUAUUCUUGAUCCGAUUCAACUUUAACAGUAAUUUAAUCACGUUUUUAUUCGAAAUUUUUAUUAAUACAUGUAUAAAUAUUAUAUAAAUAUUAUAUAUAUAUAUAUAUAUUCUUCUUCUAAUAAGAAUUUUAUGAAGAAUGAAGCGACUUCCAUUCGACACGUUUAUCGCGGGAUUCCACAAAUCUCGAGAACUUGAGGCGAGACGUUGCUCGGUAACUUGGUCGUCUGCCUUAUCACUCCACCCUGCCGAUGCUCACGAAUACAUUCGAGAAGUGCGAAUCUACGUAUUAUUAAUAUAAAGCUUCGUAUGUCGGCACCGUUAUUACGCCGGUCGGUCGGUCGAAGAAGAACGAACGCGAGCGCAAAGUGUAGUGGGAGAAGUUACAAUGCGUCGCGCCGUGGCAUUAAUAAUUUAGCGCACGUUUUCCUGCGGAAACCAGCACGUUCGAUCGGCCGGCUAUCGUGCUACCGUGGCAGGCCGAGAUGUAGCAUGCAUUCGUUCUUAUUGCGGCAUGGAAGGUCACUGACGGGAUAUGGGGGAGAGGAGAGGAGGGGGAUCAUUUAGUAGCGUGUACAGCUCUCCGGAGCUGUGCAGCUCUUGUCGAAAGGCGGCGACUAUGCUGGCGCGUCUCGGCCGAUUAAUCUGUUCGCGAAUCGAUUUGUCAUCAGCGGCAUUCCGCAGUUUUUAGCGUUCGACCAUCAAGAGAAAGAGAGAGAGAGAGAGAGAGAGAGAGACGAGAAGAGAAGGAAAGAGAGAGCGGGCUCUUUGUAUUAAACGGAACUCCUCGCACGUCGCGUGAUGACGAGAGACGAACGCGUUCGUGACGGGACCCCCUGAUCAACGAAAUAAUCCGUAUCGGUGCGUUAUCGCGUGCGACAACGUGCGAAAGCCGCGGCUAAGUGCGCGUAUCGAGCUCGCUGAAACGAUAUGCGAGAUGCACGUAUGUAUAUGUGUGUGAGCGCGCGCGUAUUUUCUACGUGCGCAUACGCGAUGUAUUUUGCAUACAUGUGCAGCGUGAUCUUUAACGACAUAAUGCUCGUAAUCGGUAGGGAAGUAGCGCGUGCGAAUGGUACAUAUUUUCCGAGUGAGUCAGCGCUCCAGCCUCGACAGGCGGUAGAUCGGACAGCCGCGACGCGCGAAGGGUCGAUUAAUUGGAUCGAACGAGAAAAACGAUAUUCUAUUUUAAUCCGCGGCGAACCGACGCUUUUAUCGCUCCGCGAAGACGCCGCUUAUCUCCUUCGAGUCCUCUCUCUCUCUCUCUCUGCGUUAACGAUAAUUAUCGUGAUUAUUUAUUUGCGUAAACUCCGUUCGAAAACAUGUGCGCAUCGACGCAACUUCACUUCUGAUCGUUAAUGCAAUAAUUACAGUAAUUUUUUUAUUGAAUUUUGCGCGGCACGAAGAUUGUCUUAGUAGAAAGAUGCUUUUCGAACACAAUAAACUUAUUGACCGUUAUUGACGGAUUUUUUCUUGCUAGAUACAUGUAAUCGCAGGUCGUCGAAGAAUCUCCCAACGUUAACCGAUAUCAAUUUUUUAAUAGUGAUGGAUAAGCAAACGAUUGAUUUUCUCGGAAUUUUCGUAUUUUGUAACAUGACACGACUUGUAACAAGAAAUAAUAAAAUAUGGAAAUGAUCAAACU